AUUUCAAAAUGUCAAGUAGUUUUGAGGGUCACUGUUGGACGGGGAAACCCUAAUCCUAAUGAAUUCAGACACCUGUAGGACGUCGGUGCUUCAAUGAAAGACGAUUUUCUGUGACUUGCGAAUAUUAUCGACGGUGUCCGCCAGAAACCCUAAUUCAUCGAAAUGCCAUCGAUUGCCUCCAAACUUCCGGCCAAAGCGUUAGUGAGACUUCUCACUGUCGCUCCAAGACCGUUGCUAGUUCGCUCCCUCAGCACCGUAUCCAAGGAACGCACCCAGAAACUCGAGAGGAUCGCCGAUGAGCUCCUCGACCUCACUAAAAUCGAACGACACGACUACGCCAUCCUCUUCCGGUUGAAAAUGGGUUUAAACAAGUACGGGCCUGCAGUUUCUGGGCUAAGCGCACCAGGUUCAGCCGCCGCCGGAUCUGCCUCUGCCGAAGCAAAAGAGGCUGAGAAAACCGUUUUUGAUAUAAAGCUCGAGAAAUUUGAUGCGGCGGCGAAGAUCAAGAUCAUAAAGGAGGUAAGGACGUUCACUGAUUUGGGUUUGAAGGAGGCUAAGGAUUUGGUGGAGAAGGUGCCGGUGGUGCUCAAGAAGGGAGUAACGAAAGAUCAAGGAAACCCAAUUAUUGAAAAGCUAAAGGAAUUGGGAGCUACUGCGGUACUGGAAUGACUUUUUUUUCUCCGUCAUUUCAUAUGUUCUUUUUGGAGUAAAAUAAUGCUGCCCUUGUUUGAGGACUAACGAAAAUUUUUCAAAGAGCCAAGAUUUAUGAAGAUUACAAUUCAAAAUCAUAUUGUUGCUUGACUUGAGAUUCAAAGUACAUUUGGUUUUUUUCCCUUUGGCAUUUCUCCUCCGGAUUUUCUAUGAGAAUCAGUUUCAUUCUGACGUUCUUAGGCGGACCUGAAGAAUUUAGCAAAUCUAUAAUCCCCAUGUAAACGAAGAGCACGAAUCUGUUCUAAAAGCUCUUCAUUUCUCUCUACUCAUGUGACAUGUGUGAUAUACGAAAAAUCUCUACUUUUAGUUUAGCAAAAUUUCCUUGAGAUGCGGGAAAAGCUAUAUGUAUUUUGUUCUUUCCUGAGAUUCUUGAAGAACAAUGAAACAGUUUUCAUUCCGCUGCUUCUCUUGUGGCCUUGAUUUGUUGGCGAAAAGUUGUGAAAGAAUUGAUCUACGGCUAUCAUUUUGUUGUAUAA